AGUACAAUAGAAAACUGCAAAUAUAAGUCUCUCCAGUCAUCAUGCAUCCUACAAAUACACGACCAUCUUCCGCCAAAAGUUUCAAAUCUCUUGCUACUCCGCUUUCUAGCUAUACCCUUCCUUAUAAAAUAUGCAAGAGUGCAGCUGCGCAGCCGCCGUCGCGCAGCCAGCCAUGGCCAUCAAAGAUGAGCCGCAGCCGCUGCACAUCCUCUUCUUCCCGUUCCUCGCGCCGGGGCACCUCAUCCCGAUCGCCGACAUGGCCGCGCUCUUCGCUGCCCGAGGCGUCAGGUGCACCAUCCUCACCACACCGGUGAACGCCCAACUCAUCCGCUCGGCGGUAGACCGCGCCAACGACGCCUCCCGCGGAACCGAGGGCGCCCUGGCCAUCGACAUCGCGGUCGUGCCUUUCCCCGACGUCGGCCUGCCCCCCGGCGUCGAGUGCGCCCCGGCGCUUAAUACCAUGGACGACCGCGAAAAGUUCUUCCACGGGGCCCAGUUACUCCGCGAGCCGUUCGACCGGUUCUUGGCGGAGAACCGCCCGGACGCCGCCGUGACCGACAGCUUCUUCGACUGGUCCGCCGACGCCGCCGCGGAGCACGGCGUCCCGCGGAUAGCGUUCCUCGGCAGCAGCUUGUUCUCGCGGGCCUGCAGCGAGUCUACGCUGCGCAACAACCCCGUGGAGGCCGCCCCCGACGACCGGACGCGCUCGUGCUGCUUCCGGGGCUGCCGCGCCGCGUCGAGCUGAGGCGCAGCCAGAUGAUGGAGCCCAAGAAGCGGCCGGAGCGCUGGGCCUUCUUCCAGCGCAUGAACGCUGCGGACCAGAGGAGCUACGGCGAGGUGUUCAACAGCUUCCACGAGCUGGAGCCGGACUUCAUGGAGCACUACACCACGACGCUGGGGCGCCGCGCAUGGCUCGUCGGGCCGGUGGCGCUCGCCAGCAAGGACGUGGCGACGAGGGGCGCCAACAACGGGCUCUCGCGGGACGCGGGCGCCUGCCAGCAGUGGCUGGACGCGAAACCAGAGGGCUCGGUGGUGUACGUGUCCUUCGGCACGCUGACCCAUUUCUCGCCGCCCGAGAUGCGCGAGCUCGCGCGCGGCCUCGACCUGUCCGGCAAGAACUUCGUCUGGGUCGUCGGCGGCGCGGACACCGAGGAGUCGGAAUGGAUGCCCGAUGGGUUCGCGGAGCUGGUGGCGCGCGGCGACCGCGGCUUUAUCAUCCGGGGCUGGGCGCCGCAGAUGCUCAUCUUGACCCACCCGGCGGUGGGCGGGUUCGUCACGCACUGCGGGUGGAACUCCACGCUGGAGGCCGUGAGCGCCGGCGUGCCUAUGGUGACGUGGCCGCGGUACGCCGACCAGUUCUACAACGAGAAGCUGGUAGUGGAGCUGCUCAAGGUCGGUGUCGCCGUGGGAUCCACGGACUACGCGUCCAUGCUGGAGACCCGGCGCGCCGUGAUUGGUGGUGAGGUGAUCGCGAAGGCCAUCGGGAGAGUGAUGGGCGACGGUGAGGACGCGGAGGCAAUACGGGAGAUGGCCAAGGAGCUCGGGGAGAAGGCCAGGCGCGCGGUGGCCAACGGUGGGUCAUCUUACGAUGAUGUCGGACGCUUAGUGGACGAGCUGAUGGCUCGUAGGAGAUCCGUCAAAGUCUGAUUGCAGCAUGUUCGUCUUCGUGUGCACAAUAUUAAUCUGGAACUCGUAUACAUAAAUUUAAUCUCGAUUUUUGUUCAACA